UUCCAAAAUGAACUGAAACAUGGACAAACAAUAUUAGUAAACAAUGGUAAAAAAACAAACAAUAUAAACAAGAAAUGAGCUGAAGUACUUUGUGUAUAGUAUAGACAAUGUAAAGACAACACGGAAACCACACUGCAGAAGAAUAUGGAUGCUUUGUCACGUGGAAAACUUUCAGAUUUGAAAGAACGUUUGGAUGCAAAAACGUAUGCCAUUUUUGAUAAAUACAGUUGUGUUUCAAUAUUGUUCGCUAGUAUUGUACCUUUUAUCAAUAUUAUAAAAAUUUACAUGAGUUGAAUUGUGAAUGUUUUGAUAUCAUUUAAAACUUUGGUUUCUGAUUCAAUGCAUUCAACCCUAACGGAAUGUUUGGAAAUGAUGCUUUUAAUAUGCCAUAAAGUCAACGUGCAAAAAGGGUUUUCCCGCCAUCCCCAUGUGAUGAAUGUUUGCAGGGGGUAAUUCUAUGUAUUCUGUGCCCUGCUUCCCUCCCCCACCCUGUUUUUUCAAAGGUCCCAAGAGUUGCGAGUCAACCAAGUCAGUUACUGUGGUAAGAAUUUUUGUGAAAAAAUUUAAAACAGGAAUUCAUUUUGUAUUGUAUGUGACAUAUGUACACAUAGUAAUUGGUUUCAUUGCUGCAGUCAUGACAAGCUGAAAUUUUUCGCCCUGAGUCUUGCACUCGGACAAUAUACCAAAUAGACAAAGCUUGCAAGCCUUUGACCACCACUCAACUCACAGCGCCCUUGAAGCCUCGACCUUCCAUUCUUUGCAUACUCGCUUCACUCAUCAAUUAAUAGCCAGAGCCUCAGUAGAGCAAAACAGUAUUGGUCAUACCCAAUACAUGAAGGGCUGCAAAUACAUUUGUCAUUUUAUAGCAAAGGUAAACCAGAAGGAGAGUUGGAUAUUAAAUCCAUAUUUCAAAGUUUCUUUGCUGAUUUUCCUGCCUCGGGUGAAGGUGAGAGAUAUUUUGGUGGGUGGGGUUGAAACAUAUACACUCAUCAAGACAAAUAAUUUUCUGGGCCAACAAUCUGAUUCAUUCAGAUAAUCUGGUUAAAUCUAUUACUAAAAACUCUUCCCUAAUGACUAGUAAAAUAUCUAUCAUUACAGAAAGUGAAAUGACAAACUAGGAAGCUUACCCAAAUGUAAAAUAACGUUAUAUGUAAAAGCAUACCGGUACAUGCAUGUUUUAACCCAUAAAUUGGCAGCACCCUUGACAAGUACAAUUGCCUGGCAUUGGACAAAGUGAAAUAAUAAAGUAGGGUGCAUCAAGGUGUUGCAACUCAAUGGGUUGAAUAGUGUUUGUUUCCUAUUUUGUAAAGAAAUUAAAAGGCAGACAUCCAGAGAACAGAAGGUUGUGGCCACUUUGGAUCUGCUGCUAAAAAGUGUAAAAACGUAUCCAGUGUGCUUUCUUACUAGUGACAACUCUUUCACGCCUGAUGAAUAUUGUAAGUUGAAUUUUUUCUGGCUGUCAUAAAAAAUAGUUGUUCAAUAAUUAUGGUGAUUAUUGUUUUAAAACAAUCGUAUUGUUUUAUUAGAUUUUUCAUUUUGGACUGUGUAUCGUUUGGUCGUGUUUCUAGCUGCAUCUUCAUACUCCUCAUUACUUUAUCAGAAAUUUGCCCAAGCUGUUUAUUCCUUAACAACA